GUACUGGAACUUUGGCUGAUUAAAAAGAGGAAUACGGAUAAAAAGCGACGCGUCAUUUAAUAAUUAUAAAAGUAAAAAGUAAUGUAGUAAUGCGCCCGCAUAAUCUGGAUGCAAUAACAUACGAACAGAUAGCGGUUCAUUGGAAUAAACAGAUCCGCGCCGAAUGCCCAUUUUGCAGAUAGGCUCCGCCUUCCUACCUGUAAAUCUCCAUGGCUAUCUUUUGAGCAGAUCUGACAGCCUCUAUCAGCUGGCCGCUGUGGACGGGCAGACGGGACUGAACAGGAGCGCGCGACAUUGACCAAAAUAACAGUUAUCGUUCCGGGGAAUAAAAACAAAGCGCCUUAUUUCCACCCGAUGUGUCAAGAAAGCGGCGAACGCCCGAUAGCGCGAGAGGUCUUCGCAGCUGAAAACCCUUUAGGUUAUCGACAAGGUGGAGUUCGUGAGAGAUAAAUCGAUUGCCGUUGCCUGACUGUGUGUCUCCCAGAUGGAAGAAAGCUAGCUCGCCCAGUGGCUUCGGUUUAGUGUCUUUUGUCAACAUUCAAACGCGACAGCAGCAGCCGCGGCUGCGAAAUGAAGAGAUCUCACAAAUGGAAUUGUACCUGAAGGUUUUGAAAAUGCCUGAUUUGACCUAAAAUUAAUUCCUACGGGCGUCGUUGUAGUGCGAGUUUUAAUGCGUUUUGCUGUGGGCAACAGACUAGCUGUUCGGGCUUUGAAGUCAACCUCGCCAGUGCGUCACAGAUUUUUUAGAAGCGAUCGAUCCGUAUCGAAGAAAACGGGUUAAAUAUUAUUGAAGGGAGGAUAUUUGAAGCAAUAUGGCUGAUGCGUGGGGUAGGCGGCGCUGGCCGGAGCUCGCCGAAGCCUCUGGAUUCUAGCUAAGGCAAAUGGAAACAUUUCAAAAGCUAUCGGCAGCAGUAUAAUGAAUAGUAAUAUCAAUAAUAACAGAAAUCCGGAGCCGUCGUCUAUAUUUAUAUCUAAGAUGGACGUGAUCAUCCCGUUCUCGCCCGACGUGCCCUGUGACAGCAGUGGCCAGCGCAUGUGGUGGGCAUUUCUGGCCUCGUCCAUGGUCACUUUCUUCGGGGGUCUUUUCAUUAUUCUUCUCUGGAGAACUCUCAAAUACCUGUGGACUGUGUGCUGCCACUGCAACAUCAAAAGCAAGGAAGCACAUAAGGUGAGCCACCCAGGAGGUAAUAAGGCAGAUGGGACGGCUAAGGGCUCGGAGGAGAAGCCCCCGGAGGCGGCCAGCGAGGUGGGCUGGAUGACGUCGGUGAAGGACUGGGCCGGGGUCAUGAUAUCCGCGCAGACGCUGACGGGCCGUGUCCUGGUGGUACUAGUCUUUGCUCUCAGCAUCGGAGCUCUUGUAAUAUACUUCAUAGACUCUUCUGACCCCAUUGAAUCCUGUCAGAAUUUCUACAAAGAUUUCACAUUACAGAUUGACAUGGCUUUCAACGUCUUCUUCUUGUUGUACUUUGGUCUGCGGUUCAUCGCAGCCAAUGAUAAGCUGUGGUUCUGGUUGGAGGUAAACUCCGUGGUGGACUUCUUCACGGUCCCCCCGGUGUUUGUUUCUGUGUAUUUAAACAGAAGCUGGCUCGGUUUAAGGUUUCUAAGGGCCUUAAGACUGAUACAGUUCUCAGAAAUUUUACAGUUUUUGAAUAUCUUAAAAACAAGCAACUCCAUCAAGCUGGUGAACCUGUGUUCCAUCUUCAUCAGCACAUGGCUUACGGCAGCGGGCUUCAUUCAUUUGGUGGAAAACUCAGGGGACCCUUGGGAAAACUUCCAGAAUUCCCAAGCCCUUUCCUACUGGGAGUGUGUGUACUUGCUCAUGGUCACCAUGUCCACUGUGGGAUACGGAGACGUUUAUGCAAAAACCACCCUGGGGCGCCUUUUCAUGGUCUUCUUCAUCCUCGGCGGUUUGGCCAUGUUUGCCAGCUACGUCCCUGAAAUCAUAGAGUUAAUAGGAAACCGCAAGAAAUACGGCGGUUCCUAUAGCGCGGUAAACGGACGAAAGCACAUUGUGGUCUGUGGUCAUAUAACACUCGAAAGUGUAUCCAACUUCCUGAAAGACUUCCUACACAAGGACAGGGAUGAUGUCAAUGUAGAAAUUGUUUUUCUCCAUAAUAUUUCCCCUAAUCUUGAGCUGGAAGCCUUAUUCAAGCGCCACUUCACUCAGGUGGAGUUUUACCAGGGGUCUGUCCUGAAUCCUCACGACCUGGCCAGAGUGAAGAUAGAGUCGGCCGACGCCUGCCUGAUCCUGGCCAAUAAGUACUGUGCAGACCCCGAUGCCGAGGACGCGUCCAACAUCAUGAGAGUAAUCUCCAUCAAGAAUUACCAUCCAAAGAUACGAAUCAUCACGCAGAUGCUGCAGUAUCAUAACAAGGCCCAUCUGCUGAACAUUCCGAGCUGGAACUGGAAGGAGGGGGACGAUGCCAUCUGCCUGGCCGAGCUGAAGCUGGGCUUCAUUGCCCAGAGCUGCCUGGCCCAGGGCCUCUCCACCAUGCUGGCCAACCUCUUCUCCAUGAGGUCCUACAUCAAGAUUGAAGAGGACACGUGGCAGAAGUACUACCUGGAAGGAGUAUCCAAUGAAAUGUACACAGAAUACCUGUCCAGUGCUUUUGUGGGUCUUUCAUUUCCUAUGGUUUGUGAACUGUGCUAUGUGAAGCUCAAGCUCUUGCUGAUUGCCAUCGAGUACAAGUCAGAUCAGAGAGAGAGCAGCACCCUCAUCAACCCUGGAAACCACGUCAAGAUGCAGGAGGGAACUCUGGGAUUCUUUAUCGCCAGUGAUGCCAAAGAAGUCAAGAGGGCGUUUUUUUACUGCAAAGCUUGUCACGAUGACAUCACAGACCCCAAACGGAUUAAAAAAUGUGGCUGCAAACGGUCCAAGAUGUCCAUCUACAAAAGAAUGAGGCUGGCAUGUUGUUUUGAUUGCGGCCGUUGCGAUCGAGACUGCGCGUGCAUGUCAGGCAGUGUACAUAGUAACGUGGACACCCCCCCGAGAGCCUACCCGCUUUCCUCUGUCUCUGUAAAUGACUACUCAGCCAGUUUACGUGCCUUCGAGGAAGAGCAUCCAUCUGCGCUCUCGCCCAAAAAAAAGCAACGCAACGGUGGCAUGAGGAACUCCCCCAACUGCUCGCCCAAAAUGAUGCGGCACGACCCCUUGCUCAUUCCAGGAAACGAGCAAAUCGAAAACAUGGACGUGAACGUGAAGAAGUACGACUCCACAGGGAUGUUCCACUGGUGUCCCUCCAAAGACAUCGAGAAGGUUAUCCUGACGAGGAGCGAGGCGGCCAUGACGGUUCUGAGCGGCCACGUGGUGGUCUGCAUAUUCGGGGACGUGAAGGCGGCGCUGGUGGGCCUGCGGAACCUGGUGAUGCCCUUGAGGGCGAGCAACUUCCACUACCACGAGCUGAAGCCCAUCGUGUUCGUGGGCUCCCUGGAGUACCUGAAGAGGGAGUGGGAAACGCUCCACAACUUCCCCAAGGUGUCCAUCUUACCUGGUACGCCAUUAAGCCGGGCUGAUUUGAGGGCUGUCAACAUCAACCUCUGCGACAUGUGCGUUAUCCUGUCAGCCAAUCAGAACAAUAUCGACGAUGCCUCACUGCAGGACAAGGAAUGCAUCCUGGCAUCACUCAACAUCAAGUCUAUGCAGUUUGAUGACAGCAUCGGGGUCUUGCAGGCUAAUUCCCAAGGCUUCACUCCUCCUGGGAUGGACAGGUCGUCCCCGGACAACAGUCCGGUUCACGGGCUGGUGAGACAGGCUUCCAUUACGACUGGAGCGAACAUCCCCAUAAUAACUGAGCUAGCCAAACCCGGCAAACAGCCUGUGGUUUCAUUCAGUCAGGACAAAAACGUUGGAACCAACAUUCAAAUGAUAACCGAACUGGUGAACGACUCCAACGUUCAGUUCCUGGACCAAGACGAUGACGACGACCCGGACACGGAGCUGUACCUCACUCAGCCCUUCGCCUGCGGGACGGCGUUCGCCGUCAGCGUGCUGGACUCCUUAAUGAGCGCGACGUACUUCAACGACAACAUCCUGACUCUGAUCCGGACGCUGGUUACCGGGGGGGCCACCCCGGAGCUGGAGGGGCUGCUGGCGGAGGAGAACGCGCUGCGGGGGGGCUACAGCACCCCCCAGACGCUGGCCAAUCGGGACCGGUGUCGCGUGGCGCAGCUGGCGCUCUACGACGGGCCCUUUGCUGAUUUGGGGGAUGGUGGCUGCUACGGUGACCUGUUUUGUAAAGCAUUAAAAACGUAUAACAUGCUGUGCUUUGGGAUUUACCGGUUACGAGACGCCCAUCUCGGCCCGAGCCAGUGCAUGAAGCGGUAUGUCAUAACGAAUCCGCCCUAUGAGUUCGAGCUGGUGCCCACGGACCUGAUCUUCUGCCUGAUGCAGUUCGACCACAACGCCGGCCAAUCACGGACCAGCCUGUCCCAGUCCUCACACUCCUCCCAUUCCUCCAGUAAAAAGAGCUCGUCCGUCCACUCUGUCCCCGCCGCCCCCAGGGCCAACCGCAGCCGGGCUCGCGAGCCCAGGGACAAGCAGAAUGCAACAAGGAUGAAUAGAAUGGGCCCAGAAAAGAAAUGGUUUACAGAUGAGCCAGAAAAUGCCUGCCCAAGGAACAUUCAGAUCAAGCCCAUGGGCACUCACGUGGCCAAUCAAGUCAAUCAAUACAAAUCCACAAGCAACCUGAUUCCACCAAUCAGAGAAGUCGAAGACGAAUGCUGAAUGGCAGGCAUGACACUGUCGCUGAAGGAUGAGGAAGUGACGGUGUUCGCACUGCGUCGUUCCUUCGCUUACUCGAACCACAGACCAAGGAUCAAGGAUUACCCUGCGAUCAGGGACGUAGAACGGAGCCGACCUGCCUGUACACAUUUAAUAUGUUACCUCCAUACAUUGGACAGACAUUACUUUAUAAAUUAUAUAUAUAUAAUUAUAUAUUAUAUAAUUGUAUAUAUAAUUAUAUAUAUAGACAAUCAAAUAAGAAUUGUACAGCCCAUAGCACUUUUAAAUUAUUUUAAUUUAAUAAUUUAAUUAUUUGAGGGGAAAAAAAUUGCUUCCUGUGAUUUUUUUCUUUGCAAUACUGCACCGUGUAUGUGACCCGACUCCAUAAUGGCCUGUUUUCGGAGAAUGAGGGUCACUCCAGCGAGCGUUAGCUGAGACAGCUUCCGAAGAAUGUUAAAAUCCAACCGUAACGAAUGGAAACGUUUUCUUAUGCAUAUCCCAUUUCUACUUCUUUUACCUAUUUGCACUAAGGAAGUUGUUUUUGACUAAGAGUUACCCCCCCCCCCCGCCCCCAGCAUUUCAUUUCCAGUUGUUGGAUGCGUCUGUGUUCUUUUGUUCUGUCACUGUUUGUCCAGCUUCGAGCUUCCUUUUGUUGUCGAACCACAGCUUAUCAAAACCCCAGAUUCCCCCCGCAACUCCAACACACAUGCAUUACAGUAUCAUGGAUUAAUCUGACUUCAUUCAGUCAUUAACAAUGUCCUUAAAACUGCUAAAAAAAGAAGCUAAUAUGCAUUGUUUGGAUUUGAAUCCAGUGAAGUCUGUACACAUCUGUUGAAGUUAUAAUAAGUGAAAAUGGCUGAUGAUAAUGUCUUGUCGAGCAGAUAUAAUCUAGUCUUCUGUAUACUUCUGUGUCUUGGAGCCUUACUCGUACUGGACCUUGGGUGUGGUUUCUCAGUGUAACCCGCACACAAAUCGAAGCAGAGUGUGAUAUUUAUAUUGUCCAAGAAGACCGCUUCUGACCAGGUUUUUGAAGCUAUUUUUCCGCACCGUAUAAAUUGCCAGUACAUCUCGGAUCGAUGCUCUAAUAUCCCUUCGGCAUCUCGCCUCUGUCAAAGCCCCUCCUUGAAAAUGGUUUGCAGACUUCAGCUGUUUACAACUUCCAGCAAUCUCUUUGCAUAAACAUCUAUCCGAGCUGACUAUGGCCAUUCUUCAGUGGUGGCCUUUUAGUGGGAAAACUAACGGAACACCAUCCACCUUAAACACACACAUUGUUCCUGCCUGUGGCCCAAAUAUGACUGAGCUGUUCUAAUUGGGGAAUAUUCAGGGAUACAGUGACUUAAUGCGAAGCAGCUAUAAAAUUGGUUUCAUAUGAUUGCAUUGCAUGUAAAAAAAAAAAAAAAAAAGUAGUUAUUAAAAAUGAGGAAUGCGAGAUUGCGGUUUGUUGCAGUGUAGAAGUGCAGAAAUGUUUGGAUGCCACGUAUUGCGUGAAGUGGGCAUCUCUUGUUCUCCUUUGGCUGCUGCCCCAGACUGGCACAGGGCUGGCAUGGAGGCUGAUUAGUGCUUGGAUGUUCUCCAUGACCAGUUUCUGAUGCCACCCCCCCCCCCCCCCCCCCCCCGAGGAAUGUUGGGAAAAGAGAGACACGGUGACAGGUUUUUCCAAAACAGCUCAGUCAUACGGCACAUGGGGAGCGUCUGCAGCAUAGCGUCACAUUGGAGUCGUUCUGGCGCAGGCCGUGUGCAGGCAAUCUGAGGGAUCAGUUCAAAACUCACAGCAGCGCAAGCUUUUAGUGCUAGAGGGCCGUCUUUGACAUUGAACUGAAUUCUAACUUUGUUAGAUGGGAACUUAGUUUCUAGCAAAAUGCACGCACAUAUGCACACACACACUUGUUUUAUAUUCAUAUGAGCAUGAAUUCCAUUUUGUACGUAUUUUUUAAAUACAUUUUAGGAAGACUUUUUGAAUUUACAGGCUAAAAAAAAUACGUUUCACCAUAUACAUGCUAUAACUGUUUAGAGUGAUCUGAGUCUAGCUUUUAACAGAUCGAUAUAACACCAGUCUCCAUCGCCAUGCUUUUUUUUUGCUUUUCCCUGAGCUACGUAAACACACAUACACAGUGAUAAAAACACGUAAAUAUUAAACACCCACGUAUAUGCAGGCUUGUAUCAGUUCGCAGGCUCUGUUGAGGAAAACCAGUUCAAUAUCAUACGGUUUAUACCUUGCAGAUAUUACUGGCUGCUUCCGAUUGUUUUGGCAGUGAUAUGAAUUUAAAAAUAUGCUUAGUGAUGCCCAUUUCCUCUAUUGGCAGAAACAGAAAUUAAAAGGAAUUAUGAGUGAUAAAGAAUAAUUUGGCAUGCAUACAAUUUAAAAUUCAGCAUUAAAGGAACAUAAUCCAAACAAAAAAACAUUUAGAGAAAUGCAGUUAUUUUUUGCCCUUUAGAUUGCUCAGAGCUACCGCUUAUGUGUCACAUUUUCCAUUAAUGAUAUUUGAACUACAGCAGGUUUUACGUAAGAAACUGUUCUGCAGAUCGCGCCACAGAAAUGGCAUUUGAGAAUUCCCGGGUCAGGAGCAGGUAGAUAACUGUAAAUCAGUUUACUGCAAAAUGCUGCAGUCCGUGGAAAACGGUAAUACUUGGCGGCAACAUCUGCUGUGUACAUUCUGUCCGUUAUAGAAUACAUUUUUAAAUCAAAACAAACUCAGCCUUCGUGACGGUCUACUGCGUGUGGUCAUCUUCAAGCUGCAGCCACAUACAGUAGACUGCACACUGGAGUGAACUUUUUAAUUGUGAUUACAUGUUGUUACAAUUUGUAGCAAGUAGACUUUAAAAAAAAAUGUGAAUAUAACGUAUGUAUAAUUGGAUAGUCGAUGAUGCACUUGCUAGCCUGAAAAUUGACCAUUUAAAAAUUGCAUUUGCAUUAAAUUGGAAAAUGAAAGUUAAUUGUGUAAUAUGAAAUGAGAUUAUUCCAUUGUACUGUACUUCAUUGUUCCUUUUCCUGUAAUGAAAUCCAGUUGUCAAAUUGUUGUGCAAAACAUAACCAUGUCUGUGUAGCUUCUCAAAUGUUUCAUUUCACAAGAGGAAAUCAGUCUACUAUGUGGAUUAUGUGCAAAUGCUCAAAUUAUUACAUUCCAUACUGUACACUUAAUUACAUGUUACUUUAACCCAUUGCUGGCCUGUCUGAAGCUCUUGUUAUCUGUUUAUUACAUUUAUGUUAAAGGAUCUGUGCAUUUGAUCACUUUCUUUAAAUUUAAAAAAAAAAUUUAGUUUCCCACUCUAGUGUUCAGACACUGAAACACUACAAACGUGCAGAUGUAUGUGCACAUAACAUUUUAUGAGAAUAUAUUUCAUUUAGAUAUAUAUUUUUAAUAACCAAAGAUAACUUAUUUCCUAAAUUCAACCACUUUUACUCACAUAUCAGUUCAUUUCAUUUGAUGUUGCGGGAAAACCACUGUUGUGUGCUGUACGUCUGAUUGGUCUGCUGUCCUUUCGAACGUGGGGUAUGUUGCCAAUCAGUGUUACUUAUCGGAAACACCACCUUGUAUGUUUUUCUGUGUGUCAUUCAGUCAUUGGUAAUGUACUGUCGACAGGAAGUCGGGGGCAUCAGGGUGUGGCGUGUGGCACAGAGAACAUCCAAGCCUUUAAAGCCUCUUUGCCAACACAGUGCCAGGCAGCGGGCAGUAGGCCAAGGGAGAACUCCUCAAGACCCACUCCAGCGAGAAGUGGCAUCAGCGGUGUGUAUUAUAGCUGCUUAUAGAUCCAUUUGAGAUUAAAUAUGCAAUGCAUCACAUGGAAAAAUACAUAUUUAUGGCUGCUGGAUACACUGUAUGA